UUGGCAUCAUCUGGAGUCUUCGCAAGUGUUGCCUUUGUCUGAAACCUUCAAAAAAGCUGGAUACAAACUGGAGCCAAAUGUGAAAAAGCUCCAGAUAGGCUUUGAUAUCCUUGGCACGGGCGAGAGCGGCAAGAGUACGUUCAUCAAACAGAUGCGCAUCAUUCACGGGGCGGGCUACACCGACGAGGACAAGCGCGGCUUCACCAAACUCGUCUACCAGAACAUCUUCACCUCCAUGCAGGCCAUGGUCCGUGCCACCGAGCACCUCAAGAUUCCGUUCAAAUACGAAGAGAACAAGAACAAUGCUCUGCUGGUGCGAGAGGUCGACGUGGAGAAGAUUUGCUCCUUUGACCAGCCCUAUGUCAGCGCAAUAAAGAAGCUCUGGUCAGAUCCAGGCAUCCAGGAAGCCUACGACCGCAGGCGAGAGUACCAGCUCUCUGACUCCACUAAAUAUUACCUUAGCGAUUUAGAGCGUAUAUCGUCUCCGGGAUAUGUGCCCAGCCAGCAGGAUGUGCUGAGGGUCCGAGUGCCCACUACUGGCAUCAUAGAGUAUCCCUUUGACCUGGAAAAUAUAAUCUUCAGCUAUCUAAGCGAUUUGGACCGUAUCGCAGACCCGUCGUAUCUGCCGACUCAGCAAGACGUGCUUAGGGUUCGCAUCCCUACCACAGGGAUUAUUGAGUAUCCCUUCGACUUGCAAAGCAUCAUUUUCAGGUAGAUCAUAAUGUCGGAGAGGA